AUGGCUUUUUCUUCUUGUACGAAUGCGCCUUCCCUCAACGUCUUGUUUGGGGAGCGAUCAUGGUGGAUAUUCACUUCCAAGAAAGGUAGAAGCAUCGUUUUGCUUAAUUUCAUCAAUACUGUCGACGAGUCGUCAAGCUCCUCAAAUAGUCUCUCUACAGCCCCUCUUGAUAUGCUUGAUGAGACUGAUAAUCCUCUAACUGCAUCAGAUGUUCCAGAUGUUCCAGAGUCCUCCCAGGAUGGGCCCCUCUGGAUUAUCUUUGAACGCAACAUGAUCAUUAGGCUCCAUGAGGAGUUGAUCAUGACCAGCAACAAAACCAUUGAUGCUAGGGGAGCCAAUGUGUGCAUCGUUUAUGGUGCCGGCAUCACCAUCCAGUUCGUGCAAAAUGUGAUCAUCCAUAACAUCCAUAUCCAUAACAUUUACGCUGGUAGUGGUGGACUCAUCAGGGAUGCUAUGAACCAUGUCGGUAUCAGGACACCUAGUGAUGGCGAUGGUAUCUCCAUCUUUGGCUCAUCCAACAUCUGGAUUGACCAUGUUUCCAUGUCCCAAUGCCAAGAUGGUCUCAUUGAUGCCAUUAUGGGAUCAACUGCUAUAACCAUCUCCAACUGCCAUUUUACCAACCACAAUGAGGUGAUGUUGUUUGGUGCAAGCAAUAGCUUUUCUGGUGACGAGAUAAUGCAAAUCACAGUUGCCUUUAAUCACUUUGGAAGGGGAUUGGUGCAGCGAAUGCCAAGGUGCCGAUGGGGGUUCGUCCAUGUUAUUAACAAUGACUAUACUCAUUGGCUUAUGUAUGCCAUUGGUGGUAGUAGCCAUCCUACCAUUAUCAGUCAAGGUAACAGAUUCAUUGCUCCUCCAAACCUGGCUGCUAAAGAGGUGACCAAGAGAGACUAUGCAUCUGAGAGUGAGUGGAGCAACUGGACAUGGAGGUCCGAUGGAGAUUUGAUGAUGAAUGGUGCGUUUUUUGUUCAAUCAGGGACUGAAUUCAACAAAAAACCAUUCUCAAGGUUGGAUGUGAUCAAAUCGAGACCUGGAACCUAUGUGAAACGACUCACACGCUUCUCGGGUACACUUAGCUGCAAACCAGGCUUACCCUGUUAG